AAAAAAAGUCACACUCCCCUACACCCAGCUGUGUGUCCAUGAAGAGUGAUAGAUCCAAUGAUCUGCCAAUCAACUUUAAAGGGGGAGACUCUACUGGACAUUCAGAGAAGAAGAAGAGGUCACACUCCCCUAUACCCAGCUGUGUGUCCAUGAAGAGUGAUGGAUCCCAUGAUCUGCCAAUCAACUCCUUCACUGGACAAUAUCAGCUGAUCAACAAAGCCAACCUGCAGAAGAAGUUUCAAUGUCUGAUUGAUGGAAUCACACAGCAGGGAGACACCAGACUCCUCCAGGAGAUCUACACAGAGCUCUACAUCACAGAGGGGGGAAGAGGAAAGGCCAAUGAUGAACAUGAGGUCAGACAGAUAGAGAGGGCAUCCUGGAGAAAAGCAGCGCAAGGCAGACCAAUCAAAUGCAGUGACAUCUUUAAACCCUUAUCUGGACAAGACAAACCCAUCAGAACAGUGCUGACAAAGGGAGUGGCUGGCAUUGGAAAAACCGUCUCAGUGCAGAAGUUCAUUCUGGACUGGGCUGAGGGAACAGCCAAUCAGGAUGUCCACUUCAUAUUUCCUCUUCCUUUCCGGGAGCUGAACCUGAUGAAGGAGAAGAAACUCAGUCUGGUGGAUCUUAUUCAGCACUUUUUACCAGAAAUGAAAGAUCCCAGAGUCUUUACUAGUUCAGAGCACAGAGUGAUGUUCAUCUUUGAUGGUCUGGAUGAGUGUCGACUUCCUCUACAUUUCCACUCCAACCCAAUGUGUUGUGAUGUGACAGAGCCAGCCUCAGUGGACGUGCUGCUGACAAACCUCAUCAAGGGAAAUCUACUUCCCUCUGCUCUCCUCUGGAUCACUACCCGACCAGCAGCAGCCAAUCAGAUCCCAUCUGACUGUGUGGACCAGGUGACAGAAAUAAGGGGAUUCAAUGACCCACAGAAAGAUGAGUACUUCAGGAAGAGAAUCAGUGAUGAGAACCUGGCCAGCAGAACCAUCGCACACCUGAAGUCAUCCAGGAGCCUUUACAUCAUGUGCCACAUUCCAGUCUUCUGCUGGAUUUCAGCCACUGUCGUAGAGAACAAAUCAAAAGCAUCAGAGAGUGUAGAAAUGCCAAGGACUCUGACUCAAAUGUACACACACUUCCUGAUCAUCCAGAUAGGCAUAACAAAUGUCAAGUACACAGAGAGAAAAGAAACAGAUGAAGAGACUAUUUUCAAACUGGGGAAACUGGCUUUUCGACAGGUGGAGAAAGGCAAUCUGAUCUUCUAUGAGGGAGAGCUGAGAGAGUGUGGUAUUGAUGUCACAGAAGCAUCAGUGUACUCAGGAGUGUGUACUCAGAUCUUCAGAGAGGAGUCUGGGCUGUACCAGGGGAAGGUGUUCAGCUUUGUGCAUCUGAGCAUCCAGGAGUUUCUAUCAGCUUUGCAUGUAUUCCUCUGUCUCAGAAACAGACAGAGAAACAUGUCUGACCAACAGCAAACCUCUCAGCUCUCUGCUCUAUUCAGAGCUGCAACACUUCAUGACCUACACAAGACUGCAGUGGAACUGGCCUUGCAAAGAAAGAAUGGACACCUGGACCUUUUCCUUCGCUUCCUUCUGGGCCUUUCUCUGGAAACAAAUCAGAAUUUGUUAAAGCUACUACUGCCACUGAGCAGUAGCCAAUCAGAUAGCUCAGAGCAAACAGUCCAGUAUGUAAAACAGAAGAUAAGGGAUCAAAGUAGCUCAGACAGAAGAAUCAACCUGUUCUACUGUCUGAAUGAGCUGAAUCACCAUGCUGUAGUGGAGGUCAUUGACAGGAGCUCAGGAACUUUGUAUGUUGACAUGCUCUUACCAGGAGAGUGGAAGACUAAAAGAUUUGAGUAUGAGAUGUCAGAAGAGCAGCUGGCUGAGUUUGACCUGCAGAAGUACAUAAAGACUCCAGAGAAAGAUCAGACUGAACUCCUCAGUCCAGAUGAUGUUCUUCAGAAGCUGCUGCCAGUGACCACAACAUCCACAUCAGCUGGACUGGUUAACUCUAAUCUGACAGCCAAGAGCUGUUCUUAUCUAACCUCUGCUCUGACCUCACACUCCUCAAGUCUCAAACUGCUGAAUCUGAGUUACAAUGAGCUGCUGGACUCAGGAGUGGAACUUUUAUGUCCUGCUCUUUGUCACCAAUAUUGCAAACUGGAGAAACUACAACUGGUUAACUGUAUUAUGACAGAGAAGAGCUGUUCCUCUCUGGCCUCUGCUCUGACUUCACACUCCUCAAGUCUCAGACUGCUGGAGCUGAGUAACAAUGAGCUGCUGGACUCAGGAGUGGAACUUUUAUGUUCUGCACUUUGUCAUCGAAACUGCAAGGUAGAAGUGCUACAGCUGGAGAAGUGUAAUCUGACUGAGAAGAGCUGUUCCUAUCUGGCCUCUGCCCUGAUCGCAGACUCCUCAAGUCUCAGAAUGCUGCACCUAAGUAGCAAUAAGCUGCUGGAUUCAGGAGUGGAACUUUUAUGUUCUGCACUCUGUUAUCAAAAUUGCAAACUGGAGGAACUAUGGUCAGCAUAAUUUCAUGUAGUGAGUGUGUAUGGAGAGGUUAUGUUUGUGUGUGUGUGUGUGUGUGUGUG